AUGUCAACACGCUCUCAGAGAACUGCUGAUAAAAGUCUUAACCAGAAACACACAAAAAUUCUUAAGGCGUGUUUAGAACAGCCCGAAAAUAAAUACUGUGCAGAUUAUCCACGUUGGGCUUCUUGGAAUUUGGGCAUUUUUGUCUGUAUAACUUGUUCUGGUACUCAUCGAUCUAUGGGUACUCAUAUUAGUCGAGUCAAGUCCGUAGAUUUAGAUACUUGGACACCCGAACAAGUUGAGAAAAUGGUACUCUGGGGCAAUGCAAAAGCGAACAUUUAUUGGGAAGCUAAUUUGACGAAUAAGAGACCCUCGGAAAGUAACAUGGAUAGUUGGAUUCGAAGAAAGUACGAGUUGAAAAAUUGGGUGAUGUCGAGAGAGAUUCCAGAUCCGAAAACUUUAGGUGAACCAAAUUUAGAAGAAUCGAAACGAGGAGAAAUAUCGGAUAAAAAAACGGUUGAUCUUUUGUCAACAUCAACAUCAACUAAUUCGACAAAGAAAUCACCAGCUAUAUCGCAACUUCAAGGAGCAGAUUUAUUUUCUAUAAGUUUACCAACGACAAAUACAAGUUCGGUUCCAUCAAGCCCCACUCAAAAGAAAGAAACGCUUCCAAUGCCUAGAUCAGCUACUCCCAAUCCUCUUGGAUCUUCAACUUCAAAUAAUAAUGAACCUACUCGUCAUGAAAAUCUUAAAUCUUCUAUUCUUUCUUUAUACAAUAUACAACAGAAUCUGAUGCCACAAGGAAGUCAAUAUUUUGCUACUUCUCAAACAUCUUUAUCGGGGAAUUCUUUUGAAAAAAAAACACCUUCAAAGGCUGAUGAUGCCUUUAGUGGUUUGCUUGAUGAUUUUACAAGUUUUAAAUGA